GCAAAAGAAGAAGAAGCAAAGAGCGUCUGUUUUGUGUUGCGGAGGGGCUGCUUGGGCUCUUCUGGUCUGCACUCGUUAUCCCCGCCCUUGUUGAUUACGUCGCCGGUGUAGCUAACGUCCUUUACGCACCUGACGGAAUAAAACUUCGCUCUCACUCGGUCGUUGUUUAUUCAUUUUCAAACUUGUUUCCUGAUCCACGAGCGUGUCUUCGUUCGUCUUCUACUUUUUUUUUUUUGCAUCGACGACAGCGUUGAAUGAAAGGCAAGCGCUUUUCCACCCCCACCGGGGACCGAUCCACGCAGCGGGGCGCCCAUGCACCGUCGAACGGCUUCUCCACCCCCUCCGCACGUCGAUGGCGAAGCCCGGGGGUCGGGCCGGAGCGUUUCUUGCGUGGGGAGGCCCACACGUCGCAUGACCGUUCGCACCCGCCGCCUUCAGGUGGUCCGCGUGUCACCUCCGUCACGCCCACAUCGGAGCGAUGGCAGCGUGGCGCGCUCGGCAACAGCACUCACAGCAGUGUGGCGGGCACCUCUGUCCACCACAUGCUGGCAGAGCUGGUGGAUCUCAGCAACAGCAUCGCGGCACUGCUGGGGCAGGAAGCCCUUUCGCCAACCCCAGCGCUCAGCUCCUCUGCGCGUCAGCUGGAGGCCGGCCUCAAAACCCAAGAAAUCGAGCGCAUCGUACACCGCGUCGAGGCACACUUCGUGGACAAAAUACAAACCUUGGAGGCCACCAACACCACCCUGAAGGACGAGGUCCGGCAGCUGCGAGAGGCGCUGCAGCGGGCGCAGGCGCGCAGUGAAGGCACCAAAAGCGCCGCCGCACACGACGUACGUGGCGGCCUCAAGGAGGAGAUCGAAGCUCUCGAUGCGCUCGACAAGGCAUGGACGCGGGAAAGCGAUGGCGCCGCCGGGCUGACGGAGGCGGAGCAGCUGAGGCGGGUCUUGCUGGCCGAAAAGCGACAACGGCUGCGAGUGGAGGAGCAGACGCAGUCGCUGACGGAGCAGCACGCCAAGGUGGUCGGCACCCUCGAGAGGCGAUUGAAAAAGCAGGAGGACCAGCUCUACGAUUUAAUUGCCGCAAUCGAUCGCGGGUACGCCGGCGCCUCCUCUCCCACUCCGACGCGCAGCACCGAACGCGGCUCCUCGCACCGCCUGCCCACCCCGCGCCAUCUCCUGCGCCAGCAACUCGCCCAGCACCAGCAGACGCAACGAGCCCUGCAGGAGUAUAAGGAGAACCUCCGCUACGAGCCUCCCUCGCCCACGCAGAGCGACGAUGUUGCGGCCAUGGAGGAACUCGACCUGGGCGACGUUCGUCGCACGUUAGAGUCCAUCCGCUCCAGCAAGCCGCUCACCGUGAAGGAGCAGACGCAGCCGCAACUGGAGGCGGCCAUCGAUGCUGCACCGUCAGCCGCGCCAGCGACAUCGCACCCGCAUACUGAUCCUGAGAUCGUGUCUACGUCCGUCAGCACGACGAAAGCGGCGACGCCCACCCCGCCGCCUCUGCCGCAGCACCCUGCGCUGGUCACGACGCGCGAGGUGGACGAAAUCACGGUCUUUUUAGACAACAUCACGAAGGAGCUCGAGAGCCUAGACGCUGCGUGA